ACUUUGUGGCCGGGACGCCCUGAGCCCCCGACCCGAUUCAAGUGCACCUGGGCGGGACGCUCCUGGCCCACCAUACGGGUCCACGGUUGCGGGCUCGUUCCCAGCCUUUCUAUAGUGUGUGUCGGAGCCCUCCGCCCGACACUCGGGUUAAGGCAGGUGCCCAGCAGCCCCCCGGCUGAGUGCAAAGGGGCCCAGAAGUCCCCAGCGUCGGGCUCCCGAGACCUGAACCUUCAGCUGCCUUCGCCCCGGUGCUUCGGACUUGGGACUGUUUGAACGCCCAGGAAGCCCCGGCCCGGCUCCAGAGCCCCGUGAGGAGUUCCAGGCGGGCUGGGCAGUCGGACUGAGCCAGACCGAGCUGGUGCUGCGAGCCGAAGCUGCCACCUUUUCUGCCGCCUCGGACGAGGGGCUCAGCGCUUGCCCGGAAGAGGGGAGCACCGGGCUACCCCCUGGCGCGGCGCCGGCGAGAGCCGAGAGCUGCAGGUGAGAGAGUCCCGGAUGCCGGCUGUCCCAGGGAAGUGACAUCACCGCCUCUGUGGACAGGACAUCCUAAGGAGCCCCGGUCACAACCACUGAUACCUUCUUCAAGCUUGAAAGUGGUAACAGCCUAGAGGUCUCACAGCCGAUGAAUGGGUAAAAUGGUCUGUCCGUUCAACUGAGUGUCCUGCAGCCCCUGAGGAGGAAGGCAGCACUGACUCCCGCUACGACAGGGAGCCGCCAGGGGCCUCCAUGGGCGCCUGAGGGCCGGGCGCCGGGGCGGCAGGCAAGAGCAUGGUGAGACACCAGCCGCUCCAGUACUAUGAGCCCCAGCUGUGCCUCUCCUGCCUCACGGGCAUCUACGGCUGCCGCUGGAAGCGCUACCAGCGGUCCCACGAUGACACCACGCCGUGGGAGCGCCUCUGGUUCCUGCUUCUCACCUUCACCUUUGGCCUCACACUCACCUGGCUGUACUUCUGGUGGGAGGCCCACAACGACUACGAUGAAUUCAACUGGUACCUCUACAACCGCAUGGGCUACUGGAGCGACUGGUCGGUGCCCAUCCUCGUGACCACCGCUGCCGCCUUCACCUACAUCGCGGGCCUCCUGGUCCUGGCACUAUGUCACAUCGCUGUGGGGCAGCAGAUGAACCUCCAUUGGCUGCACAAGAUAGGGCUGGUGGUCAUCCUGGUGUCCACAGUGGUAGCCAUGUCAGCCGUGGCCCAGCUGUGGGAGGACGAAUGGGAGGUGCUGCUCAUCUCCCUGCAGGGCACAGCACCAUUCCUGCACAUCGGGGCCCUGGCCGCCAUCACUGCACUCUCCUGGAUUGUGGCAGGACAGUUCGCCCGGGCAGAACGGACCUCCUCCCAGAUGGCCAUUCUCUGUACCUUCUUCGCCAUUGUGUUUGCCUUGUACCUGGCACCUCUCACCAUCUCCUCUCCCUGCAUCAUGGAGAAAAAGGACCUGGGCCCCAAGCCUGCCCUCAUCGGCCACCGCGGCGCCCCCAUGCUGGCCCCAGAGCACACGCUGAUGUCCUUCCGGAAGGCCCUGGAGCAGAAGCUGUAUGGGUUACAGGCUGAUGUCACCAUCAGCCUGGACGGCGUGCCCUUCCUCAUGCACGACAACACCCUACGUCGAACCACCAACGUGGAGCAGGAGUUCCCAGAGCUCGCCCGCAGACCCGCCUCCAUGCUCAACUGGACCAUCCUGCAGAGGCUCAAUGCUGGCCAGUGGUUCCUGAAGACGGACCCCUUCUGGACGGCCAGCUCCCUCUCGCCCUCCGACCACAGGGAGGCACAGAACCAGUCCAUCUGCAGCUUGGCAGAGCUCCUGGAGCUGGCCAAGGGCAACGCCACCCUGCUGCUCAACCUGCGAGAACCACCUCGUGAACACCCCUACCGCAGCAGCUUCCUCAAUGCCACGCUGGACGCCCUGCUGCACUCUGGCUUCCCCCAGCACCAGGUCAUGUGGCUGCCCAACUGGCAGAGGCCCUUCGUGCGGAAGGUGGCUCCUGGUUUCCAGCAGACUUCAGGCUCCAAGGAGGCAGCCGCCAGCCUGCGGAGAGGCCACAUCCAGAGGCUGAACCUGCGCUACACUCAGGUGUCCCGCCAGGAGCUCAGGGACUAUGCGUCCUGGAACCUGAGUGUGAACCUCUACACGGUCAACGCGCCCUGGCUCUUCUCCCUGCUGUGGUGCGCGGGGGUCCCCUCCGUCACGUCCGACAACUCCCACACCCUGUCCCAGGUGCCUUCCCCGCUCUGGAUCAUGCCCCCUGAUGAGUACUGUCUCAUGUGGGUGACCGCGGACCUGAUCUCCUUCACGCUCAUCAUCGGCAUCUUCGUGCUCCAGAACUAUCACUUGAUCAGGUGGCGCCUGGGCGGCAUACGGAGCUACAACCCUGAGCAGAUCAUGCUGAGUGCUGCAGUACGUCGGACCAGCCGGGACGUCAGCAUCAUGAAGGAGAAGCUCAUCUUCUCAGAGAUCAGCGACGGCAUGGAGGUCUCCGAUGAGCUCUCUGGAUGCUCAGACCACAGUUACGACACGUACACCACCAGUGCUUCCACCCCUGCGGAUCACCGAAGGAGUGGCAGCCGCACCAAGACUCUCACGGACCGGAAUGGGCGUUAGCUGAAACCUUGUCUGUCUCAGCCUGAACCUAACAUGGAGAUCAGGGAACCCAUAAGAGCUGGCAGAAGCAUGUCUGCAUGGGGAGUGCACUGGGAGCUGGCUCCACCGCCUCCUCGUUGGCUCCAGCCCUCUGUCAGCCAUGGCCUCCCCUGGAGGGGGCUCUCCUCUCUCCUGAGGCCCGCUUGGGUCAGAACUCCAACCUUGCAGAUGUCCCUGCAGGCCUGGGGCUCCUUCUGGAAAGUUUGGGGCCUGGGGCCUGGCCCUCCCCUGGAGGCCUUCCCUUAUAUCCUGAUCUGGAAGGUUGCUGAGUCACUGGACUAUGCCCUGGCCCCUGUGGCAGCUGAGAAUUUGGAUGUCCACAUGUCUAUGCUCAGAGGCAACUGACUUCUGCAUGUCUCCUGCCUUGAGGGCCUGGGCUAGGCCUCUGCCCCCAGCAGCUCAGUUCUUCAUGUCGGUCUCAAAAGCACAAGGAUUUUCAGCCCAGGAGGAGAGCCUGCUGCAGUGGUGGAGACACUCCUCCCCAACCAGCCUCAUACCACGACUGGCCCUGCCCUGGGAGAAGGACCGAGCCAAGUCCCCAGGAGCAGCUAGAAAUGGCCAGAAGGGUAGGCUUAAGGCUACUUUUACAAACCCUGACCUAAGUUUCCAGCAGGUCUCUAAGGCAGACAGGCACAGAGACCCAAGAGAUCCACAGACUGACACAACCUCAGGUUUCCGCAUCAGUGGCCACAGGGCAGUGGUACUUGGGAAGAGCGUUCUAGGCAUGGCCAACAGUGGGCAUGUGCCCAAGGAGGUCUACAGUGGAGCGAGCCUGAGGGCCUCGGCCAAUAUGAUUAAAGCUGCCAUCUUAACA